AUGGCUUCUUUCCUACGCCAACAGAACGCACUACGAAUCAUUCUUCAACAUCCCUCACGACUUCGGACUUUCAGCAGCACUACCCCAGUCCAUGCAGAUUUCACCCAUGCAGUGAUAGGUGGAGGAGCCGUGGGCCUAGCCAUCGCAAGACGAUUGCAACAACACAGCCCUUCCACAUCUUCCACCGUGCUGAUUGAACAACAUGGCGCUGUUGGUACCGAGACCAGCAGUCGUAAUAGCGAAGUUAUUCACGCAGGUAUAUACUACGGUCACGAUUCGCUAAAGACAAAGCUAUGUGUUCAAGGCAAGAACAUGCUGUAUGAGUUGUGCAAGAAACACGAGAUUCCGCACAAUAAUUGCGGGAAAUGGGUUGUUGCGCAGGAUACCGUACAAGCAGAAGCAGUGGAGAAAGUUCAUGCGUUUGCAAAGAGCAUUGGCGUGCCGACGCGUUUUGUGAGCAAAGAAGAAGCAACACGGAGGGAGCCUGACGUUCGAGCCGAAACAGCAGUUCUGGAGUCACCCACCACUGGUAUCCUCGACAGCCAUGCUUACAUGACAUUUCUGCAUGGCUCGUUCGAGGAUGCCGGCGGUGACACAGCUCUGGGUGCCAAAGUCACGAGAAUAGAGGCUCCUAGCGCUACAUCGCCAGAUUGGAAGAUCUACACCGAAGAUCCCCAGGAUACCAAUGCAGAGACAGAACCUAUUACUGCGGAGGUGCUGGUCAAUUCUGCAGGAUUAUAUGCUUGCGACAUCAAUAACAUGAUUCUUCCGGAGGACCGCCAUGUGAAGCCUUUCUACGCCAAGGGUAACUACUUUAGCUACGCGACCUCAAGUCCCAAGCCUAGUGUACUGGUCUAUCCGGCUCCAGUACCAGGACAAGGUGGUCUAGGUACACAUCUAACCCUUGACAUGGGUGGCCGCGUCCGCUUUGGUCCGGAUGUAGAAUGGGUCGACAGUCCCAACGACCUCACUCCUACCUCCGACCCGUCCCGCUUUCAAGCCGCCCUUGCAGAUAUCAAGAAAUACCUACCUGGAAUCGACGAGUCGGCCGUGGCGCUGGAUUAUGCAGGUAUCCGGCCAAAGCUAGGCAAGAUGGGCGCUGUGGGUGCUGGCAAAGGCUUCCAAGACUUUUACAUCAAGAGGGAAGAGGGCUAUGAAGGGUUCAUCAACCUUCUAGGCAUAGAGUCGCCAGGAUUGACUAGUAGUCUUGCCAUCGCUGAAGAGGUUUAUCGCAUACUGUACCAGUAG